UCGGCCGCGGCGCGCUCUGCUGACGUAGCUCAAUAGCGCGGGGAAUUUCGAGUGGGAGCGCAGCGCGGGAGGCCAGCGGGCGGCCGACCCCCAGCAUCCUCGGGAGUGACCAUGGACUCCCUGGCCGAGCCUCGGUGGCCGCCGGGCCUGGCAGUCAUGAAGACGGUAGAUGACUUGCUGCGAUGUGGAAUUUGCUUUGAGUAUUUCAACAUUGCAAUGAUGAUCCCCCAGUGCUCACAUAACUAUUGUUCUCUAUGUAUAAGAAAAUUUCUAUCGUAUAAAACUCAGUGUCCAACUUGUUGUGUGACUGUCACAGAGCCAGACCUGAAAAACAACCGUGUGCUAGAUGAACUGGUAAAAAGCUUGCAUUUUGCACGGAGUCAUCUGUUGCAGUCUGCUUUGGAGUCGCCUCCCAUCUCUCCCGUGUCCUCCUCUGCGAAGAAGCUCACCGGCAGAGCCCUCACUCCUGCUGCCGCCAGACAGUCUUCAAAGCAUGGCCGCAGACUGAUAGACAAUUUCUUGAUCAAGGAAGUUGCAAGUUCCACAUCAGAGUUGUUGAUAAACGAAAAGGAAAGCAAAUUGAGCCCUCAGACAGAGGCGGGCCCUUCUGCAGAGCCCAAGGAGACAUGUUUCCCAGAAAAGGUGACUCCUGGCUCCAUGGAGGCCAACGGUCCCGAGACCCCCUCUACAUCCACUUUGAAACAGGUUGCUAAAGUGGAUUGUCCUGUUUGUGGGGUUAACAUUCCAGAGAGUCACAUUAAUAAGCACCUAGACAGCUGUUUGUCCCGUGAAGAGAAGAAGGAAAGCCUCCGAAGUUCUGUCCACAAAAGGAAGCCACUGCCUAAAACUGUGUACAACUUGCUCUCCGAUCGUGACUUGAAGAAAAAGCUGAAACAGCAUGGAUUGUCUACUCAAGGAAGCAAACAACAGCUUAUUAAAAGACACCAAGAAUUUGUUCACAUGUACAAUGCCCAGUGUGAUGCUUUGCACCCUAAAUCAGCUGCAGAAAUAGUUCAAGAACUUGAAAAUAUGGAGAAGACCAGAAUGCGUUUUGAAGCUAGUAAACUCAACGAAAGUGUAAUGGUUUUUACAAAGGACCAGACGGAAGAGGAAAUAGAUGAAAUUCACAGUAAAUAUCGUAAGAAACAUCACAAUGAAUUUCAGCUUCUGGUGGAUCAGGCCAAAAAAGGAUACAAGAAAGCUGCUGGAAUGGCAAAAAGCCAAGUGAGCAGAAGAGAAGAUGAGGCUACAGGAGUUCCAUUGUCUGUGUGCAUGGACGGGGAAAAUGAUGAGAUGAAGUUCUCAGCGAUGACCUCAGUAACAAACCACUUCACUCACUCAAAGCUGGGCUCCCCAGGGAAGUUGGCACCCGAGAGACCAGCUGAUGCUUCUCAUUAUUCUGAUGUGCAGGAAGCGACUAUUCUUUCAUCAGAAUCUGGGUCCUGCAAUAGGCAGCUCAAUUGGAUUUUCUUCAGUAAUUCUGGAAAAUGCGGAUUUCCUGGCGGAGCCCUGCAGUAAUGGCUUCUCAGCCCUCACCCAGCUGACGCUGAGCCUGAAGUUGAGACGUCGGCUGCGGUUGGCUGCGGCUGUGCCGGUGCUGCCAGUGGGGUUCGCCAUGGCUCUUUGCAGCGCCAUCAUCAGUGGUAUUGCAUGUACAAGGGUACUUGGGAAAAAUUUAUGGAAAACAAUUAAAAUGUAAAUUUCUUUUAGUGCAGAAAGCUUCUAAGUUUGUGCAUUGUGUUUUCAUAAUACACAUUUUUCAUGAACUUUUUCAAGACCCUUUGUAUUAGUGUUUCCUUAGUUGGUCAUUUAACUUAUUGUUCACAAAAUAAUGAAGCAAAGCAGCUAUAGUCUGUGAAGAAAAACCCAGACACAGAGCAGCAGGGUGCAGACUUGUCAGAAAGGCAGUACUGGGGCCGGCGCUGGGCACGGUGGGUAAAGCCACCGCCUGCAGCACCAGCAUCCCGUGUAUACACUGGUUUGGGUUCUGACUGCUCCAUUUCCGAUCUAGCUUCCUGCUAAUGACCUGGGAAAGUGGUGGGUGAUGGCCCAAGUCGUUGGGCCCCUGCACCAAAAAAGGAGACCCAGAUAAAGCUCCUUGCUCCUGACUUUGGACCGGCCCAGCUCCAGCUGUUGGAGCCAUUUGGGGAGUAGACCAUCGGAUAGAAGAUUUCUCUCUGUCUCUCCCUCUCUCUCUAACUCUGCCUUUCAAAUAAAUAAAUAAAUCUUAAAAGGAAAGAAAGAAAGGCAGUAUUCACCAGGACCUGAGUGACCACAGCUCUAUAUUCUUUUGAGAAACAACCGGGUGCGGUCCAGGGCAGGAAAGAAAGACCUCCACAAGUGUACGAAGAGACGCUGCACUGUGUAAUGAGCCAUGGGCGAUGAUUGCCCGUUUGCUACGUGACUGCUGAAGGCAGGGGAAGCAGCCAGAUCUCUCAGAUUCAGGGGAAGGAAUUCUGGAACAGGCAGGCAGCAUGAGUCACUCGUGGGCGGCCGAGGACUGUUGCUAAGAUAGCAGAUGUUAGCUUGUCAGACGUAGCAAAACUGCUUAUGCUCCAGCCGCAUGCGGUGAGUUGCAGACAAUGGAGUUGGAAUUACAGAAUGGAUGACAUCACUCCAGUGACGUCCCUGAGGCAGCAGCUGAGACUCUGCCCCCCGUGCUGCGGCGGUGGUGCAGGGGAACGGGCUGUCGGGGCACACCCAGAACAGGCGGACGAGCAGCCACAGCCUGUGUCUGAGACCUUUUAGGAGCACUCCAAGGGGAUUGGUUAGAUUGUUUAUGGAGUCGCACGGCGAUGCUAGAAGAGGAGAACAUAUGCAGGAGCUCUGAGGAGCUGUCUGUCCGUGUAAAUUAAAGAUUCUCACUGGGAAGGAAGGAGUGUGCAGUGCCUCAAUUGACUUUCAGUUUUUCUUAGUGACAUGAAAUAAUGUUUCAUCUUGCAGUCCAUGUUGUCUUAGAUAUUGCCUCAGAUUUUCUGAAUAUGAGUAAUGUCCCUGUUUUACUGUAAACAUCGUUUUAUCAUCCAUUUAGAGACUCAGAAAUGGAGCAUAUAUUACUGAUUAGUGGAAGCCUGACAGAGGCUGGCGCAAGUACAGUGAUCGUUGCUUAGUGCCAGCCUUAUUGGCGGCCCGUGUUGCGGUGCAGCGGGUUAAGCCUCCAUUUGUGGUGCUGACGACCCAUCUGGCUGCUCCGGUUCCGGUCCGGCUCCCUGCUAAUGCAGCUGCCACAGCAGAAAGUGGCCCAGGUUCUUGGGACCUUGCACUGACGUGGGAGACCUGGAUGGGGCUCCAGCCUGGCCUAGUCCUGGCUAUUGGGCCGUUUGGGGAGUGGACCAGUGGAUGGACUUUCUCUGUCUCUGUCUCUCUCUCUUGAAAAACAACCAGGUACCCUCCAGGGCAGGAAAGGAAGACCUCCACAAGUGUACGAAGAGACGCUGCACUGUGCAAUGAGCCAUGGGCGAUGACUGCCCGUUUGCUACGUGACUGCUGAAGGCAGGGGAAGCAGCCAGAUCUCUCAGACUCAGGGGAAGGAAUUCUGGAACUGUCAGGCAGCGUGAGUCACUCAAGAGAGAGAGAGAGAGUCAGAGAGAGUGAGGUCUUCCAUCUGCUGGUUCACUCCCCAGUUGGCCACAACGGCCAAGCUGCACCAAUCCAAAGCCAGGAGCCAGGAGCCAGGAACCUCCUCUGAGUCUCCCACGUGGGUGCAGGCGCCCAAGCACUUGGGCCAUCUUCCACUGCCCUCCCAGGUCACAGCAGAGCGCUGGAUCAGAAGUGGAGCAGCCAAGACCUGAACCAGGGCCCACAUGGGAUGCUGGCACUGCAGGCAGUUUUACCUGCUACGCCACAGCACGGGCCCUUCGUUUUGUUUUUAAAAGGGGUUUAUUUGAUAGGCAGAGUUAGAGAGAGCGCUUCCAUCUGCUGGUUCACUUGCUAAAUGGUUUAAGUGGCCAGGACUGGGCCAGGCCAAAGCCUGGAAUUCCAUCCAGAUCUCCCACAUGAGUGCAGGGGCCUAAAGACGUAUGUUGCUUUCCCAGGAGCAUGAGCAGGGAGCUGGAUCGGAAGUAGAGCUGCCGGGACUUGAAAUGACAGUCAUGUGAGAUGAUGGUGUCACAGACACAGGCUUAUUCACCUGUGCCACAACACUGGCACAGUUUUUUGUUAAAAAAAAUUUAGGUUAAAAAAAUAAAAUUCUAUAGUUUUAUCAGCCAAAAGUAUCUUAGUGUUAACACUUUAAUAAAUAUAUCUUUCCAAAGACAGAUGUGUGGAUAAUUAAGAUGAACACCUUUUAAACAGUUUGAUGAUACAGUUUUUGUCAUUUUUCAAACAUUUUUCUGGGGCAAGCGCUGUGGCAUAGAGGGUAAAGCUGCCGUCUUCAGUGCUGGCUUCCUGUAUGGGCACCAGUUCGUGUCCCAGCCGUUCCACUUAUGACCCAGUUCCCGCUGGUGUGCCUUGGAAAGCAGCAGAGGAUUGCUCAAGCCCCUCACCCGAGUGGGAGACCCAGAGGAAGCUCCUGGCUGUGGCCUGCCCCAACCCCAGCUGUUGCCGCCAUCUGGGGAGUGGGCCAGCGGAUGGAAGAUCUCUUUCUAUCUACUUCUCUAUAACUCUACUUUUCAAAUAAAUAAAAAUAAAAUCAUUUUAAAAACAAUGAAAUGCUUUUCUUCCCUUUUUUUCUUUUUUAAACAUAUUUAUUUAGUUGAAAGUCAGAGUUAGAGAGAGAGAGGGAGAAACAGAGAAAUCUUCCAGCUGUUGGUUUGCUUCCUACAUAGCCACAACAGCCAGGGCUGGGCCAGGCUGAAGCCAGGAGCCAGGAGCUUCAUGUGGGCCAUUUCUGUUGAUUUUCCCAGCUCAUUAGCAGGGAGCUGGUGGAGAAGUAGAGCAACUGCAAUUCGAACCAUUUGGGAUGCUGGCAUCGCAGGCAGUGGGUAAAGCCACAGCUUUACCUGCUGUGCCACAGCACCAGCUCCAAAAUGCUUUUCUUUGUAAGAGAAAAGACAAGGUAUUUUAGGUCUAACGUAAGUGCACAUAUAUCGUGAAUUGUUUCUGAAUCAUAUAGUUAUGACAUAAUGCAGAAUAUAGAUCUUAAUAUUAUGCUAUUGGAUAAAGGCUUUUUUUUUUCCUCAAAACAGUAUUCAAACUUACGUGAUUUGGCAGAUUGGGAGCUAAGAAUAAUCUUGUCUUGAGAUGCAGUAGAUCUAUCCAAUCCAGAUAUUUUGGUGAAGAAUUUUGUUGCUUACUUAAUUCCUAAUUAAUACUCCCUUUAGAAUUUGAAGUAUUAGUUUUAUAUCGAUCUAAGCUAGCCUGAAGACAGAUGAUAAACACGUUGAUAAGAAUUUUGGAUUUCUGUGCAGCUUCUUGCUGGAUGACUUCCGGGAAUUCAAAAGACUUGGCCAAGUUUCUGUGAAUUAACUUAUUGUUCUUCCUAGUCAGGCAGAGAGGGCUUUUGUUCCCGUGUUUGGCACGCAGGAGACGCUGCAUUCUUGUCGAGGGCUGCGUGGGAAGAGGAGGUGCUGCUGGUUGCAGCCCUGGAGGGGAAGCUCUGCCCUUACGCAGGGAAGGAUGCGGCCACGCUGGUCCUGGGCACAGCCUCCAGGUCGGCAUGCUGUGUCUUGGCAAAGGAUGCUGGAGAGAGGCAGGGUCUUUGGGCACAGCUGGAAUAUGGAAAUGCUCUCUAGAUGAGAUGAUGUUGCCACAUACUCAGUUUCCUGGUUUUGAAAGUCGUAUCCUGGUGAUGUGAGUGGCUGUGGCGGAGGGUGAGAGGGAUGUGAUGGCUGCCCCUUCCUGUUGGUGGUUAAAGAAGUGACAUGUUUUACAUACAGGUUAUGACACGCACAGAGGACAGGAGAAAGCACAUGCAGCGGAAUGUUGGCAAAAUCUGGGUGUUGCAAAUGUUGCAAAAUCUGGGUGACGGGGCCAUUUAUUUGUUUUUGUAAACUACAAAAUUGAAAUUUUAAAAAUUUUAAAAAUUUAAAAAUUUUAAAAAUUUCUGAAAAGCCUAUUCAUAAUGAAAGUUGCUGGCAUGUAUUGUAAGAAAGAGAAAUAGCUGGCUUCCUGCGUAUUAGAGAGUUUCUAAAAGGAAAGAUUUAUACUUGCCAUUUAUUGACCAAAAUAAAUAAAUAAAUAAAUAAAUAAAUAAAUAAAUAAAAGCAGUAACUGAAGAUCUCCAUGGCAUGGUGAAUGGUGAAUGGGGUUGCCGUUCAUUCACAGCCAACUGAACAUGGCUUUCUGUUAGCCCUGGUAUGAGGAAUGCGCUAACAAGUGGGCACCGUGACUUCUGUACUCGUGAAAUCCGCUGAUCUCAGCGCUUUGUGACUGGAUUUGCAGUCCUGCCUGGAGGGCUUUCCCAUAGAUGAGGGCUGGCUACAAAUGCACCUGGGUCCGCUCAGGCGUGAAGGAGCACAUUUUAACUUCUCACGAGUCCUGGAGAAAGCAGUCACUGCGUCUCAGAUACUAAAUGAGUAGCCCCCUCUCUGUGGAGGAAAUCCCACACAGACAGGAGGCACAGAGCACCCAGCAGUUUGACAGACAGGCUAACCGUUGGCCAUGUGUCUGCUAGAUUCUGCUACACCUUUCUUUCACCUUUCUGUCAUUUUGAAAGCCCUACUCAAAAUUACUAAGGGUUGGAGAGAGAAGCAAGAACAAAGCCUGUGAAGAGAUCUUUUCUUGUUUUUAAUAUUUUAGAUUGAUUUGGGAGGCAGAGAGCGAGCACGAGCGCCCGUCUGCUGGCUAACCAUCCAUAUGCCCACAACAGCUGGAGCUGGCUGGGGUCGAAGCUGGGAACCGGUGCAGUCUGGGGCUGUCGUGUGGUGGUAGCCCGAACCCAAGUACUUGAGCUGACUCCACCAACCCCCAGGGUCUUCAUUAUAGGAAGCUGGAGUCAGGAGUCGGAGCCAGGAAUUGAACACAGGAGCUCUGAUGUGGGAUGUGAACAUUGUAACCUCUAGUCCAAAUGUCGGUUCCCUGAAGAAAUCUUGAUUACUGGUUUUUUUUUUGUUUUUUUUUUGUUUUUUUUGUU